GUAACACAGUAAUAUACCCAGGCAGAAUUCCAUCCCUAAAAGUCACUGAUGACUAGAUUUGAUGACCAUGUCAAGAAGCAAAAGAACUGAACAAAGUCCAAGAGUGUAUUGCAAAUUAAUUUUGGACCAAUACCUGAAACCUUACUUAUCAAUAUGAAAUUUAACAUUGCCUCUUCAAUACUGGUGCUAGUACAGACUGUCAAAUAUGUUGGAUCCUCAUGUUUUGACACAAGUGUUACAUCCUGCACUCCUUUAUCAAACACCACCACUUGCUUUGGAACGGCCCUGUAUCCAGAGUUCACCUAUACCUCAUUCCAUUUUGCCAGUGAUGCCUCAUCCCUUGCUGAAGCAACUGAGAAGCUGAAGUUAUGGAGUGGUCUAAAAGCAGCUCCAAAGUGCUGGGAAGUCAUUCAGCCUUUUCUUUGUUCUGUUUACAUGCCAAAAUGUAACAACAAUACCUUAACUGCUGAAAGGCCUUCUAGAGAAUUGUGUCUAAAAACUCGUGCUCCAUGUGACAUUGUAAGGAAGAUCAGUGGCUGGCCAUCAUUUCUGGAUUGUGAUAACUUGACAAGUUGUGCGGGUCAAAGUCACACUUAUGAUGACAUCACUUUUGAUACAACUGGUCAGUGUAACUCUCCGCUGGUCAGAACUGAGAACCAGAAGAGCUGGUACAGUGAGGUGGAGGGAUGUGGAAUUCAGUGCCAAAAUCCACUCUUCACUGAAGCGGAGCAUGAUGAGGUCCACAUCUUUAUUGCUGUGUUCGGAUCUCUCUGUAUUGCCUGCACUCUCUUCACUAUGUUGACCUUUAUCAUUGAUUGGAAAACAGCCAGCCAUUACCCUGCUCUCAUCCUCUUCUUCAUCAAUGCCUGCUUCUUCAUGGGCAGUAUCGGAUGGAUGGCCCAGUUCUCGGGGAAUGCCCGCACAGACAUUGUGUGUAAGUCAGAUGGUACGAUACGCAGAGGAGAGCCUGAAUUAGGAAAUGGAGAGACGGCUUCCUGUACUAUUGUAUUUAUAUUGGUUUACUAUUUUAUGAUGGCUGGUGCUUUCUGGUUUGUGAUGCUGGCCUUUGCUUGGUAUCUGACCUUCAGAGCCUUAGGAACACAGAGGGACGAUCUCAAAAAUAAAACAUCGUACUUCCAUAUUGCCAGCUGGUGUGUGCCCUUGGUGCUAACGAUUGUUUGUCUUUCCGUAUCAGAGAUUGAUGGAGAUUCGUUGAGUGGUGUAUGCUUUGUGGGGGCCUUUAACAGUGGCUACAGAGGGGGGUUUGUACUACUUCCUGUUGGCCUUCUCCUUGUGAUCGGUCUCAUCUAUCUUAUUUUAGUUUUAAAAACAUUGAUCAAAUUGAAAAAGGAUUCACCAGACUACAUCAGUCUUAAAGCACUGUCCAAAAUAAAGGAAACCAUUAUCAGACUAGGCAUUUUUACACUGCUGGCUUUCUUGUUUGUGGUGAUUUCAUUUGUUGUCCAUAUCUACAUUUUCAUUAAUGAGCAAAGUUGGUCACAGAGUUUUAAAGAAUAUAUCUACUGUCAGGGUAAUGCUACAGUGACACAGAGUGUUUCCAAUGUCUCCGUCUCCUGCCAACUGUCCAGUCGACCCAGUGUUGUGGCCUAUGGGUUCCAUAUUUUUGCUUUUUUUGGGGCAGGGAUUGCUAUGAGCAGCUGGUCAUGGACCAAAGCUUCUCUCCUAGCCUGGGAGAGAUUUCUGAGGAAAGUGUUUAACAAGCCCUCAAACAAACCAGUCAAACUUAAGAAACACAAAGUGAUAGCGAAGGCUUUUGAGAAGAGGAAGGAAUUGAACAAUGGUAGACUCUCUAUCAGCUUUGCCAGCACCCAUGAUGAUCCACUUGGUAUGAAGUUUGAUUUGAACAGUGUGAGUUCCAACAACAGCAUGUCGUCAGAUUUCAGAGCAGCCAUGCCGAAGCUGGUGAAGAGGAGGGGUGGUAUGAUGCACCCAACAGCUGGAACCCUCCGAAAAUACUCGGACUCAGACAUUGGGUCUGCAGCUUCGAAGAUGGCCUCUAGAAGACAUUCUAUUGACUCACAAAUCAGUGCUGCACAGGGUCAGUUUAGGGCCAGUGAUGAUGAUGAGGAAGAAGAAAUGGAGGUGGAGUAUGCACAAGUUAGAAAAAGAAGUAAGGCCAAAAAGAAAAAGAAGAUCAGAAAGUUAAGAAGGAACAGGAUAUUGCCUGUCCUAGGACCAAUCUCAAAUGCUAUGUCAUCAUCUGCUUACGGUGGCAGACGAGCGGGCAGGCGCAGUAGAAGAGGGAGUGGGAAUUCCACUGCCAGUAGAGCAUCCGCUCAUGGAGUGGAUAUAGAUGUGGAGAAGAAUAGCAUGGAAGCUGUCUCAGUAACCUCUUACUCUCAUCAGAACAGUCUUGAUGCAGUGACCCUGCCAGAGCCACCCAAACAUCUGGGCAAAGUGGCCAAUUUCUCAAUAUUUACAGCAAGUGCAUAUAUGGGUGAACUUAAUGCAAAGUUGAAGGAAUUAGAGAGCACAGACAGGAGUGAAAGAGAGUCCAUUAGAUCAUGGGGUGACAGGAAAAGGAGAAAGACAGAGACAGGUUCUGUCAGUGGUUAUGUCACUUCUGAAGCAGAAGAGCCUCCUAGCAUUGGGGGCUUGGUGAGAAUGAGUAGCAGAAGACAUAGUAGUAGAAGAUCCCAAAGUGGUAGCAGACGUCACAAUAGUACAAGCAUGAGGCAUGAUAGUACAAGCCAGGGAAUGGAUAGUUCUAAUAAAAGACAAGACAGUGCAAGCAGACACCGAGACAGUGAAAACAGAAAAAUGGAAAGCAUGAGCAGAAGACAAGACAGUGCAAGCAGACGACAUAACAGUGCAAGCCAAGGUCAAGAUAACACAAGCAGACGACAUGACAGUGUUAGCAGCAGACAGAACAGUGCAAGCAGCAGACAAAACAGUGCUAGUGGGUACAUGAGGGGUCGAUGUAACGAUGUUACUUUAGAAAUGGCUGAAAUGUUUUACAGGCAGCACCGACAGGCUAGUUCAGCCACCAGUAGAAACAGUGGUCGCCAGGGGUCAGCCAGAUCUACAAGAACAGCCUCAGCCAAAUCCGAGAGGUCAAUUAUUCGGCAGCUUCCAGGGGAAACAACUGCCAUAGAAAUUGAAGAUAUUCAUGACCCCUAUACCUCAUCUAGUUGAAACCUUCAGAGUCCUGCCAUUUUCUUUUCUAAAAUAUUUUUUUUGUACUUUCAUAUUUUCAUGCUUUUAUUAAAAUUAAUUAUAAUAAUUAGAUCCAUAUUAAAAUUUUACUUAAUAUUGUAAUGCAUUUCUCUU